AUGUCCGCCCGGACGCCUCGGGGUCACAGCAAUGUUGGCGUACGGCGCCAAGCGCAGACAGCAACGCCCACCGACCUCGAGAGAGCCAUUCACAGGAGCAGCGGCGUCGUUUUCCUAGCCGCAGAUGCGAGAGUAGCCGCUGCAGGCAAGAGCAUUUCCCUUCCCCUUCCCCCAACUUCUCGACCGGUAGGAAUUCGCGAUGGCCGACAAAGGGAUAGCAUGACUCGUGGUCGUCUGCGAUAUGAUGAGCGCUGCGCUGCAAGCGGCCGCACGACGUCCCCCAUGUCAUUAUCCAUGCAGGCUCCACACCAGCUACCAGGUCGGUCUGAGCUCAUCCCCAGUCGACUGCCGCGCUGUCACAGAUUGGCUUUACACUCUCUCCAGAAUUGGCUUACAGCAAGCGCGUCUUGGGCCGACGCAAACUCAAAUGCAGCUGCCGACCGCGGUCUCGUCCCUCACUGCAUCAACAAGCUCAUCAGGCCAAGCACCCUCAUCGGUGUGCAUGUAUACAACAUAACAGCAAUGAAGAAUGUGGCUCCUCCUGCAACGACAUUUGCUGGUCGUCAGCAUCAUGCGCACGCUCCACAGCACUACCGCGCAGCGCCCCUGCACUAUACGAACCAGCACGAUCGAGACAAAUCGCGGCAGAUGCCGCCGAUCAAUUCAAGGUCCCAAAUACUUACUACCAGGAUACCGUAG